AUGGGAAGAGCUGCACAGCAAACCCUCACUGCUUUACUCUGCAUAGCAGCAGCGCUUUGCAUGGAUGAGGACAGCUGUCCAGAGGUUAAGAUUGUGGGUCUCAGUGGUUCUGACAAACUCGCUGUUCUCCAAGGAUGCCCUGGGAUGGUUGGAGCUGCAGGUGCCAAAGGAGAACCCGGAGCUACAGGAAUAAAAGGGGAUAGAGGUGCUGAAGGGAUCCCUGGAAAGGCAGGACCAGCUGGGGAGAAAGGAGAGAAAGGUGAUGUUGGCCUCCCUGGAUCAAAAGGAAUCAAAGGAGAACCUGGAGCAUCAGCAAAAAUAGGCAGUGUGGGCAGUAAUAGCUGUGGCGAUGCUGGUGCAGGCCCAGCAUCUUCUCAGAACUGCAAGGAGCUGUUAGCCAAAGGGAAUGUUCUGAGCGGCUGGUACACCAUCUAUCCCAAAGGCUGCACUGCCAUGCGUGUGCUGUGUGACAUGGACACAGAUGGUGGAGGCUGGAUUGUCUUUCAGAGACGGGCAGAUGGUUCCGUUGAUUUUUUCCGUGACUGGGAUACAUACAAGAGGGGUUUUGGAAGCUCACUAACAGAAUUCUGGCUGGGGAAUGACAAUAUUCACCUAUUAACAUCUAUCGGAGCUAACGAACUGCGCAUUGACCUCCGAGAUUUUGAAAAUAACCAUGUGUUUGCCAAGUACAAGUCAUUCAAAAUUUUAGACGAGAGUGAGAAAUACAAGCUGAUUCUAGGAGACUUUAGUAACAGCACUGCAGGUGAUUCAUUAGCAGUUCACAGGAACAAGUUCUUUACAACAAAAGACCGUGAUAAUGAUCGCGCUUCCAUUAAUUGUGCUACACUUUACAAGGGGGCCUGGUGGUACAGUAAUUGCCAUGACUCAAACCUCAAUGGGAGGUAUUGGCUGGGAGCCCAUAAUAGCAUCGGAGAUGGUAUAAACUGGCACGCCAGCAGAGGCAACAAAUAUUCCUUCAAACUCUCAGAAAUGAAAUUUCGGCCUGUUCAGCAAUGA